AUGGUAGUCCUCAAAAAUAAACUCUAUGGUUGCUUCUUUCAGCAUGAUAAAGAAAAAAGAGAAUUACAGCCCCUAAGAUUAAAGUCAUUGAACCAAUCUGUGGGUUACAUGUGUCGAUCGGAACUAAAAGCCAAGCCAAAUGGUUUUUUAAGAAUAGUGUGGAAGCAAGGAUUGUGGAAUAGAGACACUAAAGUUACCUUUGGUAAUAAAUCGCUUUUGACAGAUCCAGACCAACAUACUCAAAUAAUCAUGGAAUGUUUGGAUGAAGCAGAGAUUACUUUGCCAGCAAAAGAUCAAUCAACAGUAUUGCCUGUUGAAGGAAGACCAAUGGCAACACCAAGAAAAAGAGUCAUAAUUGAGGAGACAAGUGCCAGUGGUUCUGGUAAGAAACGAAAAACAUACAGAACGAAUCCCUAUAUCGAUGAUGAGGCAGAAUGUUUUGAUGACGAUCAUAAAGACAAUGAUCAUCAUCAAGAAAAUAAUAUUUCUAAGGCCAAAGACAAUAAUAAAACCAAUGAUAAUCCAGAGCACAACAAGAAUGAUAAGAAUUUAGAAGGAUUGGCUGAGGAUGUCAGAUUGAAGAGGAUCGAUGUUCCAAUUGCACCUCAAUUACUUGAUGAUACUAAUAAAGAAGCGGUGACGAAGUAUAUUGUUGAUAUCCAUCGAUAUCAUGAUAACGGGGAACGAUAUAGAAAUCUGGGAUUAUUAAUCCAAUACGCUGGUGCAUUCCGUUUGUUUUGCCUCUGUGAGACAAUCAAGAAAGAUUACCCAGGCUUUCAUGCUACAGUUGUAGAUUUUUUAAAAAAAUGCAAUUAUAAAUAUUCCAAGAUCGACACCCUGAAAGCAGCCGGUAGAAAAUUCAACUUGCUGUUACAGCAUUUCUAG